AUGGCUGUUGUAUUCAUACUGCUAGCGAUGGCCAUUAUGGUCAUCGUGGUGAUUGUGCUCCCACAGGUCAGUGGGCUGACGAAAGUGAAGUAUCAACCACACAGAAAAGCCGUUGUGGAGGAUGAGCCAUUGGAGGAGGAACAAGAUCAGUACAGCGGUGGCUAUGUGCCACCAGAUGUGCUCCAGAGACGCGAGGAGUCUCAGAAGAAGAAGAACAGCAAGAGCAAGGUAUCGAUAGGUGCGCUGAAGGAGAAGAUGAACUAUAGCAAGGACGAUAUCCCUCUGAAACUGCAGUUAACCACGGAGAACGAGGAUGUCCACAACUUGAGAAGAAGAACAACAGCCAAGAAGGUCGAGCCCUCUGAGGUCAACGAUCCGAAUGCUUACGACUACGAUAUCGAUGAGCUGAUUGAGGAGGACGAACAAGAUCAGCAGAGAGAGGAUAAGAAGGAGUUCCAGAAGAGAUCUGCAAAGUCUCAACAAGACUUGGAGGAGCUGGCAUAG